AUGCUCCAGUGGCCAUCACUUGCAGGAACGCCACAUGCUCCACUGCCCACCGGCGUCGCUGGCCUUUCUCGGUCGGAUCUCACUCUUCAGCCCCAGCUCGCGAUCUGUCUGCUGACGUCCGAAGUCAGCUUGCCUGGAAUGGCCUUCUUCGGGAGCGAACCUUUCCACCCCAUGCCGCCGACUCCACCGCUGAAGCAUCCAUCGGAUCCUGCAUGCUUGGUCGACGACGAAGGCGUGCCGGUGAACGGGCAGGCGGUGCGGUUCGCGGCCCGAAUGCUCGAGCUCGACUCGCUAGGCCAUGGCGGCGUCAAGAUCAGCACGGCAGUCUCUCACACGGUCAGCCAAAACACAGCGUGCUUGGCGUUCGCGGAUGCCAGUCCGAAGGCGGAGCAGGCGGUGGUGAUCAGUGGAUUUCAGACGGAGAGACCAAGGCUAAGUUAUAGAUCCACUCUGUACGCCAUGAAGACUACGUGUGGAAACUUCGACCUCACUCUUCGGAGUUGGAAGUUGAAAUGGCAUUAUAUUGCUUCGAAUAAAGAGUUACAGUGA